AACCUAAUUAAGUUGGUUAAAAACAGUGACAUUUCGAAAAUAUACAUAUGUCUCAACAUAUUAAAGUAGUUUUUACCGGUAAUCAUUGAAAAAUAUAGCUUAUACGGCCUUUCAAACAUUGCGAUUUUCGCGAUCCGCGGGCGAGACUCCGGGCCCGCAACCGGAAGUGCUGUGACGUCACGUGCAGAACGGCGUGUUCCAACUCCGCUGCUCCUGCUAUACACAAUAUGGCCGACGACGAGUACCACUCGGACUCAGACUCAUCGGAGUCAAGUGUGGAAGCUAUUUUUGAGGCUUUCGAGCGCGAAGAGCUAGUGGAGCUAGUAGAGGGGGCCGUGGGAGGUAUUGUACCGUACCGGUUCGAGCCGUAUCUUGACGAACAGCAGGCAGAACCGGAGGAUAGCGACGAGGAACUUCAAGGUCGAGAGGAAGACGCGCGUGGGGACGCCGAUGACAACCGGGAUGACAACGCCAUUCCCAUGGGCGUUCAGAGACGCAAUAAUACGAACUGGUGUACCUGUGGACAAUGCGAGGCGAUGAACUCGGAAGUGGAGAGCGUCUGCUGUAGGGAACAGGCCCGGGUUUCAGAGACCAGAGAACAGGUCCAGGGCAUCGAAUGUAUCACUGAACAUAUCGGCUUUCAGCCGGUAUGUUUGAACGAGUAUGUUCUACUGACGGCUCACUACCAGUACCAGGAUCAGUACGGACAGGCCCUCGGAAACGAGUGGAAGAGAUACUCUGCCUACCGGCAGUUUGUCCGGUGGACGUACGGCCACCUGGGGAGAGACAUCAGGGUCCCCCUGCCGUCCUGUGUUGUGUCUAAAGUUAGGUCGGCCUUCUCUUCUGAGAACUAUACGGGCUACAGGGAGAACAGGGCAUAGGGCCUGUCCGUACUGAUCCUGGUACUGGUACUGAGCAGUCAGUAGAACAUACUCGUUCAAAGACUUUCUUUUACCUUGAGUUGCCACCUUUCUGUUGCAUCAACAAUACAUAUAUAAAUUUGGAUUAAAAAGAAAUCUAUCUUUCUCCAUGUCAAAAGUUUAUUGUUACAUGAAGUAAAGUUGACAACAUUUAUCUAACUUGUGUAACUUAGAUAUCUUGGUCUCAUGAACUCGAACAUCACGUACAAAUUACACAGUAGCAAAACUAUUACAAACAUUAACAGGUUUAAACUUAACAUGCCUUGAUUGCACUCAACAGUAUGCAGAUAGGUAGGUAGUUGCACUUGAUAAUGUUUACUUGUAGGGAUAUAUAUAAAUCUGGAUACCUUAUUUACCCCUUUGCUGGUCUUUUUGAUUGUUACUAAUAAGUUUAUGACACAGCCAAUGUAUUACUAGUAGUAUUACUUUGUCUCAGGAACUGGUAGAGUACAAAAGUAUACACCUUAUUAGUAGCCUAGCUACUACAAGUCAUUAACAAGUUAAGAGUGUAAAUUCCUUCAUUAUCCUCAACAUCACACAGAAAAGUAGUACUUAGUUGCACUUGAGGAUGUUUACACUUUUAGGAAUGUAUUUACCUUAUAUAUCCAGAUUCCUUUUACUGGUUUGUUUGACUGUUACAAAAAAGGUUUAAGACAUAGCCACUGUAUAACUUGUCUUAGGAACUGUACAAAAGUAUACACCUUAUCAGUAGCCAAAGCAAUAAAAGGUAAAACUGAACAUGCCUUGAUUGUCAACAACAAUAUACAGAAAUGUACUAAGUUGCACUUGAGCAUGUUUUCACUUGUACGUUGUAGGACUGUAUGUACCUUAUUUAUCCUUUUACUGGUUUGUUUGACUACUACAAAAUAAAGUUUAUGACAGGUAAAAGGUAAAACUGAACAUGCCUUGAUUGUCAUCAACAAUAACAGAAAGGUUCUUAUUUGUAGGACUGCAUGUUUCAAGCUGUAGGAUUGUAAGUACCUUAUCCGUUCUUACUGAAACAUUUUAGAGCCUGAAUCUAGUUACAUGACUGUUGACUGCGUCUGCCUUGGCGGGCUUCUCGAACUGGGCAGUCAGUGGUUGGGGUACUGGUCCAGGUUCAGGAAACUCCAACCCCUCCAGCAUGUCACCGUUGUACUCCUGUCCCCUGCAGAUCUCCUUCACACUCUCCAUCAAGAUUUUCACGUACC